UCAUCGUUGGAUUUCUGAAUUUUCGGGAUUUCAAUUAAUUAAAUAAAAGUCCUUUAUCAUCAUCGCAAAAAUCUGAACCGUGAUCGUGUGGGAGGAUUCUCGGUCUCUUUCGCGUAAGGACCUAGCAACGCGUGGUUGAGCGUCACGUCAGGCGGACGCCAUUCCGGUUUGAUCGAUAAUAAUUUCGCGUAAAAAUAAGGCGGUGUGUGGUUCUUAUGCUAGGAAGGCCUCUGCGACGAUUGCUGCCAGCUUUGUUCGUUCACAGCAACACCGGCAAACCGGCACUUGGACUCAUCGUUGCUAAGGACUACCAGCGGUUCCUAACUACCUCAGUCUCCUCGACGAACGACAAACGAAUGUCGCUGGAAGCUGCAAAACGGAGUGCCGCGUACAAGGCGGUCGAUGAGUACGUUAAGGACGACACAGUCGUAGGUAUCGGAUCGGGCUCGACCGUGGUUUACGCGGUGUUACGGAUUGCCGAGCGAGUGAAGGCCGAAGGACUGCAACUGGUGUGCAUACCGACGAGCUUCCAGGCCCGGCAGCUUAUCAUCGAGAAUGGGCUGGUGCUGGGCGAUUUGGAAAGCAAUCCGCAACUGGACUGUGCCAUCGACGGAGCCGACGAGGUGGACGCACAGAUGGUGCUGAUCAAGGGUGGCGGUGGUUGUCUGCUGCAGGAAAAGAUCGUAGCAUCCUGUGCCGAUCGGUUCGUGGUCAUUGCGGACUAUACGAAGGAUUCCACUCGUUUGGGCCAGCAGUACGACAAGGGCAUCCCCAUUGAGGUGGUCCCCAUGGCGUACGUACCGAUACGGGACCGCAUAGGCGCCAGUUUCGGAGGUAGUCUCAAGCUGCGUAUGGCCAUCGCAAAGGCAGGUCCGGUUGUGACGGAUAAUGGCAACUUUAUUCUGGAUUGGCACUUUGAGGACGACAAGGAUCACGAUUGGGAUGCAGUGAACCGUGAGAUAAUGAUGAUUCCUGGCGUUGUCGAGACGGGCCUGUUCGUUGGAAUGGCCAACAAGGCCUACUUCGGGCAGUCCGAUGGUUCGGUGACGGAGCGCGGCUCUUAAUGUGAACGGCCGGCCUUAUAUUUGCUAUUUUUUCCAUUUUUUUAUUCACUUCUGCCUGUGUCCUCCAAUUCUGUUCGCAGCCGGGAGGUUAUACAAUCGUAAUAAAUAGCAUUAAAACGGGA